AUGGAGAUCUUCGACACCGCCAAUAUGCAGGCUGCUCUCUCGUCCGAGAGCUCGGAGAAGAAGGCACCUGCUGUCGUCAUCGACAACGAGGGAAAGGCGUGGGCCAAGCCUCUUCCCUACAACUACGACGAGCUUGCCAAGCAGGGUCCAGUCGAAACUACUGACUGGGAGGGCAAUGGUGCCAUCUACGAGUGGAACGACGAGUUCGGCGAUGUUGGCCCCAAGUUCCCAGAGCUCGAGCUGGCCCUCUUCGGCAAUCCUGACACCCGCCACGACCACUCUGGUCUCGACUUUUCAGUGCAAGUCAUCUCCUCUGUCGACGUCAGCCAGGACGGCCCCACUCGCAUCGAGCCCGUUCACUCCUACAAGGACGCUGGCUUGCACCCUGUCAUGCUGGAGAACGUCGAGCUCGCUGGAUAUGAGGCACCCACUCCAAUCCAGAAGUACACCUUGCCGGCCAUCCACCAGGGCCUCGAUGUGGUCGCCGUGGCUCAGACUGGUUCCGGCAAGACCGCCGCCUAUCUCAUUCCCAUCCUCAACAAGUUGAUGGGCAAGGCCAAAAAGCUGGCUGCUUCUCGCCCCAACCCCUCCGAGGUUGCGCUUGGCCAGGUCUUUGUUCGUGCCGAGCCCCUGGUGGUCAUUGUCUGCCCCACCCGUGAGCUCGCGAUCCAAAUCUUCAACGAGGCCCGCAAGUUUUGCUACCGCACCAUGCUUCGUCCCUGCGUCGCCUAUGGUGGCGGUCCGAUCCGCGACCAGAUUCAGCAGCUUGGCAAGGGCUGUGAUGUACUCAUUGCCUCCCCUGGCCGUCUGUGUGACUUCAUUCAGCGUCCCGAUGUUCUCUCGCUUCGCCGCCUGAGAUACAUGGUCUUCGAUGAGGCUGAUGAGAUGCUUCAUGACAGUUGGCGUGAGGAGUUCGAUGUCAUCAUGACCGGUGGUGAGCAGCAAGAGGGCAGUAUCAAGUACAUGCUCUUCUCGGCCACCUUCCCCAAGCCCCUUCGCGAUCUUGCCAAGGAGCACCUCUCUUCGUCCAGUGUCCGCAUCAACAUUGGACGCAUUGGCAGCACCCAUGCCAACAUCAUGCAGAGAAUCCUCGAGGUGGCCCCCUUCGACAAGAAGACUGCUCUCAAGGAUCAGAUCAACUCGCUUCCUGCUUGUCGCACCAUCAUCUUCGUCAACAGCAAGCGCACUGCUGAUGACCUUGACGACUUCUUGUACAACAUGGGCUUUCCCUGCACUUCAAUGCACAGUGACCGUACCCAGCUGGAGCGGGAGGCUUCCAUGCGGGCUUUCCGCGCCGGUAAGACCCCCAUUCUCAUCGCCACGGGCAUCAGCGCUCGCGGAAUCGACGUGAAGAACGUGAACCACGUCAUCAACUACGACCUCCCCAGCAUGGACCACGGUGGUAUAGAGGAGUACACCCACCGUAUAGGUCGUACCGGACGCAUGGGUCAGCGGGGCAUUGCCACUUCAUUCUACACCGAGCGAGACGAGCCCAUUGCCAGCGUUCUCGUUCGCACCCUCUUGGAGACCAAGCAGGAGGUUCCUGGGUUUCUCGAGCCGUUUAAGCCUACAGGAAAGGGGUUGGAGAACCUGAAGUUCGAGACUGAGAGCGACUUUGACCCCGAGGAGGCUGGUGUUGCCCACCUUGGCAUCUCUAGCGGCGAUGGCGGUUGGUCCAACGAGGGCUAUGGUGGCGAUGAUGAUGCUGCUUCUGCUGCUGCUACUGGUGAAGAUGCUGCCUGGGGCGGCGGCGGAGGCGGCGGCGAUGCUUCUGCUGGUGGCAAUUCUGCUUGGGGUGGUGCUAGUGACAAUACCGGCAACGAGAUCAAGAAGGAGGAAACCCAGGCCGCUUCCGUCUGGGAGUCUUCUGCUGGCGGCUCUGCUUGGUAA